AUGAGGACGAGCAUCCUGUUGUCUCUACUUUUCAUUUUAAGGUUCGGGGAGGCUGGUUGGCCGUCUUGUCUUGGCGGGUGCAUGCAGAGAGAGGAGGAGAACGAGGCGAUCGCUUCCGGUCAUUUAGGGCCACCGCCGGGCAUUAUUUCAGUAACUUUGGACCUUGAAAACCCAAACAGGUGCGAGAUACAUGUGCAGGAGAAGAAAAAGGGCAAAGUCAAGCAGAAGGACUACUUUCCAAGAAAGUGCUACAGAAUAACUUCUGUAACUUGUGGAACUCAAGUACUCUGGAGGAUUGGUGAAACGGAAGAGGAAAAGUGCCAGUUUGUAGAGAGAUACAUCAAGAAGAACACGGAAAUCGUCACUUUAAACAUCGCCAAAGGAAGGGAGUUUGAACCGCUCUGCUUCGAAAGAACAGCCUCUGGAUGGAUUUCCAUGAAUAUUCGGCAGUUUUUCGAUAAACUCGGAGGCUUAAGAUGUGGUGAUGAUGAUGAGCAACCCGACUGUAAGGGGGAUGAAGGAAUGCGAACGGAGUAA